AAUAUCUAUUCAUAAAGCUGUACCACUAGCCUUUAAAUUUGAUUCCAGUUUUGAAAUCUAAGUUGUAUCUGUGAAUGUUGAUAUACAAUUUAAGCUCAAAUGAAUUGAGAUCGUUCAAUUAGAACAUCUAGCGGAUUGAGUCGGCUCGACCGCAACUGACGCAUCACACAGCUAGCCUCUGUUUUUCAUGCUAAGCUAUCAAACAGGUUGUUCAUGAUUAACAAACUCAUGGCAUAAUCGUGGGAUGGACUUUGACAACACUUGGAACCACAUGCGAAAAUACGAAUAUGUGACUAAAUCUUAAAAACGCCUGAAGAUGGAGAAGGAGAGCAAACCGACACCUAGUAAUUGUUCUCCCCAGGAUUUUGAAAAACAUCCGAAGAAAAGAAGCAGAGAUGCUUCUGAUCCUCACACAGCUUCAGUUCCUGUGGUCUUACCAAAUCCUUAUGUGUCCAACCAAACUUCAGCCAGGAACUGGACAGAUCUGAGCCAAAAACAAGCAGGAAAAAGGGGAGAUGUUUCAAGAAGUCAUGGCUACAGCAGCAGACGCCCUGUGAGGGAAACCAGUGACAAAAACAAGCUCCUCUGGGAUCCACAUUCAAAGACAUCAAAAAGCAGCAAUGAUUCUCAGGGCAGAAAUGUGGGCAAAAACUCAGCGGAUGCACGACAAAAAGCAGGUUUUAGACAUGUCAGGUCAGCCCCGGCCUCUGGAAGGAAAUCAACACCAGCACUGGCAGAUUUUGUCCCGUUUGAAGUGAAGAUGGCUGAUUUUCCAGAGUUAGCUGGCAUUUUGCAGAAAUCAACUUCUCAUGCUGGAGCACAGAAAGACUGCUGGGGUCCAAGCCCUCAAUGCACAAACCCACAAACUCAGACGACUUCCCAGAAGGCUGGAAGAAAUGGCUCUACAGCAGAACUUGAGCCCUUGCAGAAUAAGACCCCUAUUAACCUGCCAGCAGCUCAGCCGGUAAUAACAUCCUGGGCAAAUAUUGCCUCUCAGCCCCCAAAGAAACCUGUUGUUACAGACGAGACAAUCCGCCGCAGCGACACACAGACAAAAUGCCUUUCUACCCCACAAGAAGAGGGAGGCCCAGGAAAGAAAAAGCGAAAGAGGAAAAAGAAAUCCAAAAGCAACGCUGAGGAUGCAGAAGCCGAGUCAGGGAGUCCACUAAUUCAUCAUGAGCCUCCAAAAUUUGAGGAUGAAGAAGAAUUCCCUGACUUGGUGCUGGGUUUAACUGGGUUAAACAGUAAAACAAAGCUAUGCAAAGAGGAAAACCAAAGAGAAGGAGGACAGUACCAGUCUGCCGACUUGAACAAGGAAAAAUCACCAGUAGGAAAAACUCAACUGCCUGAAAUUACUAAAAAAGGACAGAAAGCAGAGAAAGUGUCGGGGAAAAAGAGCAAAGCCCCGGUCCAGCUGGACAUCGGAAACAUGCUGGCCGUCCUGGAAAAGAAGCAACAAACUCAAAAAUCAAAGCAGGACAGCAAGCCGAUCAUUCUCUCUGUUGGUGGAGGACUGCCUGUCGUCCAGAAGCAAUCGUCAGCUCUGAAGAAGCCGCCAUGGCAGCAGGAUAAAAUCGCACACAAUCCGUUGGACUCGACCAGCCCUUUAGUUAAGAAAGGAAAGCAAAGAGAAGUGCCUAAAGCCAAGAAACCCACUCCUCUGAAGAAGGUCAUUUUGAAAGAAAGAGAAGAGAAAAAACAGAGACGUCUGCUAGAGGAGAGAGGACUGCUGCCUGAUAAUGGCUCUGAAUUCACUAAUGAUGCUGCAGAAGAGCAGCAUGACUCAAAUGACACAGAAGACAUUCAGAGCCUUACACAAGGAUUCGACGAACAGCUGAAUUUAAACGGCACAAACUCCAACAUGGAUGAAGCCGAUGAGGACAAUGACAAAAACGAUGAUGUGCAACAGGAAGUCCCCUCAUCUGAGCCCCAACAGAACAACGUUCCCAAAAUUCACAGCAGGAAGUUUAGAGACUACUGCAGCCAGAUGCUGAGGAAAGACCUGGAUGAGUGUGUGACAUCGCUGCUGAAGGAGCUGGUCCGGUUCCAGGACCGGCUGUACCAGAAGGAUCCCAUGAAGGCCCGCAUGAAGCGGCGGAUCGUGAUGGGCCUUCGAGAGGUUCUGAAACACCUCAAACUAAAGAAGGUCAAAUGUGUCAUCAUCUCGCCAAACUGCGAACGCAUCCAGUCCAAAGGUGGCCUGGACGAGGUUCUGCACACGAUCAUCAACAUGUGUCGCGAACAGGGCGUACCGUUCGUGUUUGCACUUUCCAGGAAAGCACUGGGCCACUGUGUCAACAAGGCUGUGCCAGUCAGCCUUGUGGGCAUCUUCAACUACGAUGGAGCGCAGGAUUUCUAUCACAAGAUGAUUGAGUUGUCAGCUGAGGCCCGGAGAGCCUACGAGGUGAUGCUGUUGAGCCUGGAGCGUAGCGACCAGUCCGGUACAGACCAGCAGGGAAACACGGAGCCACUGCAGAUUAACAGUCUGGCUGAAGAGUCUGAGCCCGGACCCGACAGCAAAUGGUCCGAGAAACCACAUUACUUGAAAUUCUGGGAGCAAAUUCUGGAGGAAGAAAGCAGCCACGCUUUCCUGAGCCACAUGGAGCAGCUCCUGGACAGCGAAUGUACAGAAAACGCAGAAGAAGACAAGAGUUGACUGCAACAAAUCUUUCUCCAGCUACAAAACAAAGCAAAAAAAAUUUAUUUGGGUUGCCACACCCACAAAAAACACUUUUGGUUUGAUUUUUUUUCUCUCAUUUAAUUUUAUUUCCUGUAAAUUAUGAAUUCUUUGAAUUCUUUCAGGAAAAGAACCAGAUAGGAAGCCUCAAAAUAUAAACUCUGAACCAUGUUGACUGUGACCCUUCCUGCUGAAUAUGUAGGAUGUUUCUUUUCUAGUAUUGAUCAUAUAACACUAUAUUUUGGAGCCAUUAUUUUUGACUUUAUAGCUAUAUUCAAUCUUUGGAAACAUUUUAAGGAUUGAAAUGAGUACCACUUUAAUUAGAAAUGACAAAACAUAGUAAAUACGCUAGAAGCACUUUAUAAAACAUUAAUACGCAGUUUUAGGGCAUUCUGCAGCUUUUUCAUUCAUGUAUGAAAUAUAAACGUAGCUGCUUUUUAAAGGUCGGUAAAGUCUCAAUUAGUUAAAAACAUAAAGAAUUAUUUAUAAGUGACUAAAACAGUUUUAUUGGAAGGAAGGACAUAGGAUAAAACAAGAUGUGAUGAAGACCAGCAGAUUUAAAAAUGUAAUAAUAUUUUGAAAAGAAGAUUGUAAAAUACUUAAAUAGGACAUAUUUUCGAAACGCUUCAUACUGGAAGGAAAGAAGAAACAGAUUUUGAGUUUUAGGCUCAUUUUCCGCAGAAGGUUUUUUCUCCGUGUGUUGAUUUGUCACAGCUUUAGACUGUGAACACUUGAUGUUUUGAUAGAACUACUCCGUAACGUAAGCACAUGUUCUCACACAGUUUUGAAAUUUAAAUCAGAACUUAGAAGCAGCAGCAGGAAACUUUGGGGUUAAAUUCACCACAGAACGGAGCUCCAACUAAAAAAUAAAAAAAAGGAAAGUUCAUUUGUUACAUGUAAUUGAAUUAAGUUUGUCAAACUUACUUUAUUUACAUUCAACAUGACAACUUAAUAUAUUUACUUUCUUUUUUAAGUUGGAUCGACUGGUUUUUUUCAGUGCAGUUUAAAAAUUGACACUUUUGCUUAUUGAUGAUCAUCUUUUCAGUUUAAUGUUUGAGGCCUCCUUAUUUUUCAUUAAAAUCCCCUGCUUUGUCAGAGGGUUUAUGAUUCCAAGUUGCAGGGCAUUAAGAAGAGAAAGAGGCCCACAGCAUCACCAGUUCUCUACCAUACCUAACAAUGGGCAUGAGUUGCUUUUCUAUUUAUCGUUCUUUCCAACUGGAUUGUUUGUCCCACUUCUCAUUCCAAACAACUCUUUGGCAUAAAGAAUAGUUUUGUUGAUGGUUGUUUUGAUUAGAAAAGGGCGACAAUUACUCCAGAUCUUACCUGUGGUCACUCUUUGAGAUGCAUUCAGGACUAUUGUUCAUCACAGUUUCAGUUGUUUUUAAUUAUUGCUCUGACUGCACAUUAGCUACUGUAGGCAGGUAGCAAAUUUCUGGAUCACAUAUGUUCGCUUAUGUUUCCUAUUUUGACAAGUUGGCAUAAGAUAUGCACCUCUGCUUCAUGUCAUUUGUACCUCAGGUAAACAGGAAGUGAUUUCUAAAUGAAAGUUACAAACCUCUGACAUCAUUUUAAAAUAAAAAAAGUGUUUCAGUUGCAUUUAUUUCUGUUAGAGUUGUUGAGAUGAUUUAACUAAAAACUAACAUUUUUCAAUGUUGGAUAUUUUCCCCAAUAACUGACGUGUAGGUUGGAUUUUUAAUUAUUCCUUUCAGCGUAAGAUUAUACUACUUAAAUUAAAGAUAUAAUUAUUUACAAGACUUUAUUAGUCUUGUAAAUAUUGUAUAUUUUUCCAAAAUGUUAGAUAUUUUUAUAUGUUCACAAAUCUAUUUUAAGUCUUACUUAGGGUGAUGUUCCGACUACGUUCUGUAAAAUUUCAUAUUUCUGUGUUUUCAAAUUAAGAGAGGUAUUUUUUGUUAAAAUUAAAGUUUAAACAACAUUGCCAGCUGAUCGUCUUCUUAUGUCGCACAUAGAAAAUAUGGCAAACUUGCAUAUGCAGAAUAAAGGUAAUUACUGUUUAAAAUGAGUUCCAGUGAGGACUGAGUCAGAGAAAAGCAGAGCAAACUGCACAUCAGGAACAUGUUAAAUCAUUAAAAAGCACUGCUCAGUUUACAAUCAUCUUGUUUACCAACCUGAUGUUUUUCUCCUGAACUACUUUGUGAAAAUCUCAACAGGAGUUCAGUACUCCUCCUUUAUGCAGCUCAUCAUUUGAAUUCUUUUCUUUCCAGUCUUUUUGUUCGUCUGAUAUUUUACUAUCAUCUGUCUUUAAAGUACUGUAAGGGCUGACUGAUAAAUCUAUUUCAUUGAUUAAUGGAGUUUUUGGUUUUCAAAGGUUUAAUUUUUGGAAAAACAAAAUUCACCAAUGUGAUUCCAUAGUUCAGAGUGACGUUAGCACACCCAACUUCUAUUUCUUUACAACUUCUAUUUAUUUAGACUUUGAAUUGGCAUAUUAAGGUCAAACUAAGAUUUUUUAAAUUUUUUAUUAGUGUAAGGCAUAAUACUACAAGAAUACAGUCAUAAUAUUACUAGAAUAAAGUUGUAAUAUUAGGGAAAUUAACUCGUAAUUUUAUGGGAACUCGAGAAAACUAGUGGUCUGAACAGGUCGUAAAAGCUUCUUUGUCAAAACAAAUUUUCUCAUAAUUUUAUUAAGUUCUUCUGGUAAAAUCGCAUCUUUAUUCUGCUACUAAUAUGACUAUAUUCUCGUAAUUAAACAAAAAUCCUCGUAGGCUGGCACCAAUACGAAUCACACAGCACACAGACGGGAUUACUAAAAUUAAAGCUACUUUUUGAGAAUAGUAAUUUGUAAUUUCCUUUUUAAAAAAGAAAGCGACAAAAGGAAUCGGAUGUGAUAUAAAAAACAAUAUAUUUGAUUAAGCCAUAACUCCCAUCCCUGUGGUUUAAUGCAAUAUGAUAGCGAGCAUGUGCUACGUAACAGAACACCGGGCUGCUCUGACGCCAUUUUGAACUGAGAGGGGAAAAUAAUUGCUUUGGAGUUUCACAUAAAAUUACCUGGUUAUGAGGUUGAUAGAAGACGAGUUUUAUCGGUUAAUUAUUUCAUUUCCUUCAUUGAUAAAGCAUCAGACUUCAGAAAAAGUAAAGCAACAGCUUUUUAUUUAGUUGAAAUCUGUUUCGGGGAUUUGCUUUACGAACCCACUGCUCACUGUCGAGUCAGUUCCAGGUGAAUUGAGAGACUUGUUUACAUGCACAGUAUUUAUAGAAAAUUCUUUUUUUUCUGCAGGACUUAACAAAGUACGGUUAACAUUACAAAAAGCUGCUGUUUAUGUCUGUUUUGCUACCCGAGUGUUGAGUUUGGACUGUGAUGUGAAUCUUUGGCCAGUUUGUAGCUAACAUGUUAUUUUUAAAUUGAGUUGUGCCCAAAUUGCCACAAAUAUUAUUUUUUUCUCAGUGUUUUAUUAUUUUUUUAGUAAUUUCACACAUUAAAAAUAAUUUUUUUUUCGAUGUGUAACAGUAUACUGUAUUAGUUUAUCAUUUCUUCCGCUGGCAAUGAAUUAUUUUUUUCUUGAGAAGAAGAUUGCCUUUUUACAGUCUCUAAUGGAGCUGAAUAAGAAAAUGUCUGUUUCUUCUUGUCAAUUUUAAUCUCUACAGAGUUUGCUGGCCAGUCGAGAACAAAACAUCAUGGUGAUUGAAUCAAGUGAAAUGAAAUUAAACUUUUCCACAGAAGGAACCAAGAAA